AUGGGUGGGGCACCGGGCGCCAAAGGAGGCUGGGAUGGACUUCAGGACAUUGCCAAAGCCUGCUACACCCGCGAUGACUUCCUGUUCGUCAUCGAGCACAUGAUGCCGCUCUGCAUGGUGAUCUCCUGGGUCUACUCGGUGGCCAUGACCAUCCAGCACAUCGUGGCCGAGAAGGAGCACCGGCUCAAGGAGGUGAUGAAGACCAUGGGCCUGAACAACGCGGUGCACUGGGUGGCCUGGUUCAUCACGGGCUUUGUGCAGCUGUCCAUCUCGGUGACGGCGCUCACCGCCAUCCUCAAGUACGGCCAGGUGCUCAUGCACAGCCACGUGGCCAUCAUCUGGCUCUUCCUGGCCGUCUACGCCGUGGCCACCAUCAUGUUCUGCUUCCUGGUGUCCGUGCUGUACUCCAAGGCCAAGCUGGCCUCCGCCUGUGGCGGCAUCAUCUACUUCCUGAGCUACGUGCCCUACAUGUACGUGGCCAUCCGGGAGGAGGUGGCGCACGACAAGAUCACGGCCUUCGAGAAGUGCAUCGCGUCCCUGAUGUCCACCACGGCCUUCGGCCUGGGCUCCAAGUACUUCGCGCUGUACGAGGUCGCGGGCGUCGGCAUCCAGUGGCACACGUUCAGCCGGUCCCCGGUGGAGGGGGACGACUUCAACCUCCUGCUGGCGGUCACCAUGCUGAUGGUGGACGCCGUGGUGUACGGCGCGCUCACGUGGUACAUCGAGGCCGUGCACCCAGGCAUGUAUGGGCUGCCCCGGCCCUGGUACUUCCCCCUGCAGAAGUCCUACUGGCUGGGCAGCGGGCGCACAGAGACGUGGGAGUGGAGCUGGCCGUGGGCGCGGGCCCCCCACCUCAGCGUCACGGAGGAGGACCAGGCCUGUGCCAUGGAGAGCCGGCGCUUCGAGGAGGCGCGGGGCAUGGAGGAAGAGCCCACCCACCUGCCGCUGGUGGUGUGCGUGGACAGGCUCACCAAGGUGUACAAGGACGACAAGAAGCUGGCCCUGAACAAGCUGAGCCUCAACCUCUACGAGAACCAGGUGGUCUCCUUCCUGGGCCACAACGGGGCGGGCAAGACCACCACCAUGUCCAUCCUGACGGGCCUGUUCCCGCCCACGUCGGGGUCGGCCACCAUCUACGGGCACGACAUUCGCACGGACAUGGACGCGAUCCGCAAGAACCUGGGCAUGUGCCCGCAGCACAACGUGCUCUUCGACCGGCUCACCGUGGAGGAGCACCUCUGGUUCUACUCCCGGCUGAAGAGCAUGGCGCAGGAGGAGGUCCACAAGGAGAUGGACAAGAUGAUCGAGGACCUGGAGCUCUCCAACAAGCGGCACUCGCUGGUCCAGACGCUGUCCGGCGGGAUGAAGCGCAAGCUGUCGGUGGCCAUCGCGUUCGUGGGGGGCUCCCGCGCCAUCAUCCUGGACGAGCCCACCGCGGGCGUCGACCCCUACGCGCGCAGGGCCAUCUGGGACCUCAUCCUGAAGUACAAGCCUGGCCGCACCAUCCUCCUGUCCACGCACCACAUGGACGAGGCCGACCUGCUGGGGGACCGCAUCGCCAUCAUCUCCCACGGGAAGCUCAAGUGCUGCGGCUCCCCGCUCUUCCUCAAGGGCGCCUACGGCGACGGCUACCGCCUCACCCUGGUCAAGCGUCCUGCGGAGCCCGGCGCUCCCCAAGAGCCAGGGCUGGCCUCCAGCCCCCCAGGCCGGGCCCCGCUGAGCAGCUGCCUGGAGCCCCAAGUGUCCCAGUUCAUCCGCAAGCACGUGGCCUCCUGUGUGCUGGUCUCAGACACCAGCACGGAGCUCUCCUACAUCCUGCCCAGCGAGGCCGCCAAGAAGGGCGCCUUUGAGCGUCUCUUCCAGCACCUAGAGCACAGUCUGGAUGCGCUGCACCUGAGCAGCUUCGGGCUGAUGGACACGACGCUGGAGGAGGUGUUCCUCAAGGUGUCCGAGGAGGACCAGUCCCUGGAGAACAGCGAGGCGGAUGUGAAGGAAUCCAGGAAGGACGCGCUGCCCGGGGCGGAGGGCCCAGUGUCCCGGGAGGAGCAGGCUGGUAACCUGGCCCGGUGUGCGGAGCUGGCCCGGUCACAGGCGUCGCUGCAGUCGGCGUCCUCGGGGGGCUCCGCCCGUGGUGACGAGGGAGCUGGCUACACCGAUGUCUAUGGCGAUUACCGCCCCCUUUUUGAUAACCUGCAGGACCCAGAUAAUGUCAGCUUGCAAGAGGCGGAGGCCGAGGUCCUCACGCGGGUGGGCCAGGGCAGCCACAAGCUGGAGGGCUGGUGGCUGAAGGGGCGCCAGUUCCAUGGCCUCCUGGUCAAGCGCUUCCACUGUGCCCGCCGCAACUCCAAGGCGCUGUGCUCGCAGAUCCUGCUGCCGGCCUUCUUUGUCUGUGUGGCCAUGACGGUGGCACUCUCGGUCCCCGAGAUAGGUGACCUGCCACCGCUGGUCCUGUCCCCCUCCCAGUACCACAACUACACCCAGCCCCGCGGCAACUUCAUUCCCUACGCCAACGAGGAGCGCAGGGAGUACCGACUGCGGCUGUCGCCCGACGCCAGCCCCCAGCAGCUGGCGAGCACCUUCCGGCUGCCCUCGGGCGUGGGCGCGACCUGCGUGCUCAAGUCUCCGGCCAACGGCUCGCUGGGGCCCACGCUGAAUCUGAGCAGCGGGGAGUCCCGCCUGCUGGCUGCCCGAUUCUUCGACAGCAUGUGCCUGGAGUCCUUCACCCAGGGGCUGCCGCUGUCCAACUUCGUGCCGCCCCCACCCUCGCCGGCCCCGUCCGACUCCCCCCUGUCCUCAGAUGAAGACCCGCCGCAGGCCUGGAACGCCUCUCUGCCACCCCCCGUCGGGCCAGAGACGUGGACCUCGGCACCUUCUCUCCCACGCCUGGUUCGGGAGCCUGUCCGCUGCACCUGCUCUGCCCAGGGCACCGGCUUCUCCUGCCCCAGCAGUGUGGGCGGACACCCGCCCCAGAUGCGGGUGGUCACGGGUGACAUCCUGAUGGACAUCACCGGCCACAAUGUCUCCGAGUACCUACUCUUCACUUCCGACCGCUUCCGGCUGCACCGGUACGGGGCCCUCACCUUUGGCAAUGUCCUGAAGUCCAUCCCUGCCUCCUUUGGCGCCCGGGCCCCACCCAUGGUGCGGAAGAUUGCAGUGCGAAGGGCGGCGCAGGUGCUCUAUAAUAACAAGGGCUAUCACAGCAUGCCCACCUACCUCAACAGCCUCAACAACGCCAUCCUGCGUGCCAACCUGCCCAAGAGCAAGGGCAACCCGGCAGCCUAUGGCAUCACGGUCACCAACCACCCCAUGAAUAAGACGAGCGCCAGCCUCUCUCUGGAUUACCUGCUGCAAGGCACUGACGUCGUCAUUGCCAUCUUCAUCAUCGUGGCCAUGUCCUUCGUGCCGGCCAGCUUUGUGGUCUUCCUGGUGGCCGAAAAGUCCACCAAGGCCAAGCACCUACAGUUUGUCAGCGGCUGCAACCCCGUCACCUACUGGCUGGCCAACUACGUGUGGGACAUGCUCAACUACCUGGUCCCGGCUACCUGCUGUGUCAUCAUCCUGUUUGUUUUCGACCUUCCGGCCUACACCUCACCCACCAACUUUCCGGCUGUGCUCUCCUUGUUCCUGCUCUAUGGGUGGUCCAUUACGCCCAUCAUGUACCCGGCCUCCUUCUGGUUUGAGGUCCCCAGCUCGGCUUACGUGUUCCUCAUCGUCAUCAACCUCUUCAUCGGCAUCACGGCCACCGUGGCCACUUUCCUGCUGCAGCUCUUUGAGCACGACAAGGACCUGAAGGCCGUCAACAGCUACCUAAAGAGCUGCUUCCUCAUCUUCCCCAACUACAACCUGGGCCACGGGCUCAUGGAGAUGGCCUACAACGAGUACAUCAACGAGUACUACGCCAAGAUCGGCCAGUUUGACAAGAUGAAGUCCCCGUUCGAGUGGGACAUUGUCACGCGAGGGCUGGUGGCCAUGACCGUGGAGGGUGUCGUGGGCUUCCUUCUCACAAUCAUGUGCCAGUACAACUUCUUGCGGCAGCCACCACGCACGCCCGUGUCCACCAAGCCUGUGGAGGACGACGUGGACGUGGCCACUGAGCGGCAGCGAGUGCUUCGUGGGGACGCCGACAACGACAUGGUCAAGAUCGAGAACCUCACCAAGGUGUACAAGUCCCGGAAGAUCGGCCGCAUCCUGGCCGUGGACCGCCUGUGCCUGGGCGUGCGGCCCGGCGAGUGCUUCGGCCUCCUGGGCGUCAACGGCGCGGGCAAGACGAGCACCUUCAAGAUGCUGACGGGGGACGAGAGCACGACGGGGGGCGAGGCCUUCGUCAACGGGCACAGCGUGCUGAAGGAGCUGCUCCAGGUGCAGCAGAGCCUCGGCUACUGCCCGCAGUUCGACGCCCUGUUCGACGAGCUCACGGCCCGCGAGCACCUGCAGCUGUACACGCGCCUGCGCGGCAUCCCCUGGAAAGACGAGGAGCGGGUGGUGAAGUGGGCCCUGGAGAAGCUGGAGCUGACCAAGUACGCCGACAAGCCCGCGGGCACCUACAGCGGCGGGAACAAGCGGAAGCUGUCCACGGCCAUCGCGCUCAUCGGGUACCCCGCCUUCAUCUUCCUGGACGAGCCCACCACCGGCAUGGACCCCAAGGCGCGGCGCUUCCUGUGGAACCUCAUCCUGGACCUCAUCAAAACGGGGCGCUCGGUGGUGCUGACGUCGCACAGCAUGGAGGAGUGCGAGGCCCUGUGCACGCGGCUAGCCAUCAUGGUGAACGGACGUCUGCGCUGCCUGGGCAGCAUCCAGCACCUGAAGAACAGGUUUGGAGACGGCUACAUGAUCACGGUGAGGACCAAGUGCAGCCAGAACGUCAAGGACGUGGUGUGCUUCUUCAACCGGAACUUCCCGGAGGCCCUGCUCAAGGAGCGGCACCACACCAAGGUGCAGUACCAGCUCAAGUCGGAGCACGUGUCACUGGCCCAGGUCUUCAGCAAGAUGGAGCAGGUGGUGGGCGUGCUGGGGAUCGAGGACUACUCCGUCAGCCAGACCACCCUGGACAACGUGUUUGUGAACUUCGCGAAGAAGCAGAGUGACAACCUGGAGCAGCAGGAGUCGGAGCCUCCCUCUGCCCUGCGCUCCCCUCUGGGCCGCCUGCUGAGCCUGCUGAGGCCCCGGCCAGCCCCCACGGAGCUCCGGGCGCUGGUGACAGACGAGCCCGAGGACCUGGACACAGAGGACGAGGGCCUCAUCAGCUUCGAGGAGGAGCGGGCCCAGCUCUCCUUCAACACGGACACGCUCUGCUGACGGAUGCGACGGGGAGGGGAGCCGGGCGGCGGCGGAGGCCCCGCUCGCUCCCCGCGCACACCUGCCCGGCCCCGGAGAGGAACGCUCGGAGCGAGCGCUCGAGACCAGGGGCUUCGCGCCCUCCAGCCCAGCGCCGUCCUCCGCCCCGCCCCGCGGUUCCUGCCGACGUCCUCCCUCCUCGUGCCAAAGGCCGGCCCAGCCCUGGGCCGCACACACCCUCACCCCGCUUUGCCUUAAAGCCUCGGGGCCUAGCCUGGCCCCCGUCCUGCCCAGCUCCGCCCACCGUCCGAGGGCAACGUGGGCCGCCCCGGGCAGACGCCCGCCCCCUCUCCCGAGUCCCGAGGCUGGCCAGGCCCGGAGGCCCACACCCGGAGGCCCACACCCGGAGGCCCACACCGGCUUCCUGCGCUGACGGCGGAUGCGGGAGCCUUGCGGUCGGAGCCGGAGCGGCAGGCAGCGGGGCGGGCCAGCUCGCGUGGCUGAACAAGAAGGGAUCCCCCCCCCCCCCCCGCCGGGCAGCCGGGGAUGGGGCUGCGGUGCCCCUGUAGAGUAGCAGGAACGGCGACGCGGGCCCUGCCGCUCAGGGGCGGGGCCCAUCCCCUCUCCUCCCCCUCCAGCCGUCCCCGCUCUCCCCUCCAGCUUGGCCCCUGCCCGCCACCCAUCUGGGAGCCGGACCUGUAUAUAGCGCACAGAUGUUUGUUUUCAAUAAAUAAGCAAAAAAGCCCA